AUGGAGAAAUUGAAGGAUUGGGAGAAGAUGAAAGAAGUUGAGAAACGAUACACACAUACGAAGAGUUUGGUGCCUUGGUGGGGAUCUUGGACUUGUAAAGAGCUCGGCCAAUGGAUAAAUUUAAAAGCAGAGGAAGCUGAAAAGGAAAAGGGAGGAAUAAAGGGAGAUUGGGGGUGGAGGAGGACUCCCGAAGGAUUUUUUAUUUCUUAUUUUCUUAUUUUCUAA